AUGGUCUUCUUCAAGGGUGACAGGAGUGAACUGUGCAUUCUAUCCACUCGUAGUAGGGCUGUUCUUUCGUCUGUCAUUGUGGUUGCGCUGACAAGCACUUUCAUGAAGUGUACGGAUCUGAUAAAAUUGUGGAAAGUUUCCGUCUGUGAUGCCUUGAUCUGGUUGGUUGUCUUCCUUGCGACCUUAUUAAUCGACAUCCCCUUCGGUCUCGUGUGUGGGUUUGGCUUCUCCCUAAUUACUAUCGUCUAUCGAAGUCAGUACGGUGGCCGAAACACACUUGGCCGCGCGGGAGACACUGGCCUCUACUCGGAGUUGCAUCGGUUUAAUAGGUUGGAGGAAGUGGACAAGAUAAAGAUUAUUCGCUUCGAGGGACCCGUUUACUUCGCCAGCGCGGAGUGCUUCCAGACCACAAUUUAUCGCCUGUCUGGACUUGAUUCUUCGAAAAUCAAGCCUCCCCGCAGACGUAAUCAUAAACCCAUGAUUAGUCAGUGUUGCAACAAAUCUCGCAAGGAUGCGGAGUUAGCGGGCUCAGCUGGGGGAGACCCCAACGGCCCAGUCGCAGAUCCCCAUGCCCCAGGCGAAGACGAAAUCCAGAUGUCAGAACAGAAUCCUGCUGCCACAUCGGAUUUACGCUUCAUCAUCCUGGACGCUAGUAGUUGGCUCUUUAUUGACACCGUGGGCAUGCGCGCAAUAACGGAUGUCGUGAAGCGGUAUGCAGCCCUGGGAGUGGAGGUUUUCAUUGCCAAUUGUAAACUUAGCUUGUUGCGCCACUUCGAAACCUCAGGUUCCUACGCAGUGUUACCAGCUGAUCACUUCUUUGUCACACUGCACGAUGCUGUUCUCGCGGCACAAGAUUACUUGGCUGCUGAUGGACCCGUUCUCGGCUCCCUCGUCUCUACUGUUGAAGGGCACGACAAGAACACAAACAACGACGAUAGCAACAGUGAUAUCGACGCGAGCAGCGAAGACGCAGCACUAGCUGAUCUAUAA